UUAAAAAUGGCAAUAUAUGAGAAAAUAUUUAAUUUAUUUAAACUCCAUAUUAAUGAUGAUUGCGACAAAGAUACUACACGGAAAUUGCUUUCGCCAAUACUUAUGUUUAUGGAUCUUUAUGAAAAAGAACGAACCGCAGAUCUUAUACAUGAAAUUUUUCAACAGGCCUGUGUUGAGUUUCAGUGGUUCUACUGGACUUCGGACGAGUAUUAUGGCGGAGUCGGCGAGUGGAGGGAAUUUCCACCGGUUUGCAUUUCGCAGCUUAACAAGGCUGUUCGUGAGAAAAAGACUAGUGUUCAGAUUGUUCUUUCACAACGUCACUAUGUAGUUGACUUCAAUGAGAUGACAAAAAGGCUUAUUCAAGAUAAUGUGGUCUCUACUCAUUAUGGUCAAUAUUCGUCUCCUGUUUUUGCAAAAGUUAAAGUGAUUGAUGAAUUUAACAUGGAAGAAUUCAGACAUCGUAUCAAUGAGCUGACUGAAAAAGAAGAGAGGCAUUGUGUCAUUGUUAGAGGACUUCUUAAAUUACUCCGGUCAAGUGAUGUAACACCACUGGAAAGCGAACUGCUUUGUUCUGCUCUCACCUUACUUCUGCGAUUAAUAACAAAUAGGAAUAUGGUUGCCGAUUUUAUUGAGAAUGACGGAAUCCAAAUUAUGAUGCAAGUGCGAUGUCUACUGGCAUUGGACGGGAAGAUAUCUCCUGCUAUGUUGAACACAACUAUCUUGCUCAUUUUGCGAAAUUGUAUCGAUUUUGAUGAUAUUGCGUUGAAGAAUGCAUUUGACCAGAUGCUUAUUAACACUUGCAAUGGGCUCCCGAUUUCGCUUCUUGAGGAAAAAUCUCGCCGCCAUGGUAAUUCAAAACAUUAA